GGUCCUUCUCAUUUGUGUGAGUCAUGCUUUUGCUGUGAGCGAGUUGGCAGCUCUAAGCAGGACUGGGAUCUCUGUCACAGAAAACUGUUACUUCACCCAACCUUAACGGGGAACCAUAAGAAAUUUCUUAAAAAUAUAUCUUUUUUUGUUCUUCCUUAUACUCUUUUCUUUUUUACCCCCAAAUCCUGUUAUCCAUCCGUGUUGUUAUGAAUCGCCUGCUAUGUUAGCACAGGCAUCUCCUGCGUUGGCAUCAGAUUUGCCAGAACAUAUGCAGGAAACCAGAUAGAAGGGCAUGCUUCAACGUACCAAGUAUAACCGCUUCAGGAAUGAUUCAGUGACAUCAGUUGAUGAUCUUAUUCACAAUUUGUCCAUGAACAGCAAGGUCUCAGCAGUUGCCACGACUUCAACAACACCUUCAUACCUGGUCUCGCCAGAGGUUCUCCGCAAGGACCAAGAAGAUGGACCCACCACCCUGUGCACCCUCAUCCAUAAAGUGUCCCACUUGAAACUCUCUAACACGGGCAGCCUUUUGGGUAUCAAAAACCUCUCCUCUGCAGUAAAGGAGCUUGCUGUGUCCAAGUUGCAGGGAAGCUCAGGUGCUUCUAGCUCAGCAGCAGGGGCUUCAGACAACACAUGUAACCUUGUCUCUGCCACUUCGUGUUCUCAGCAGGACGCCAGCAAGAUGAGCAUGGGGAAAAAAACACGGUCAGAGGAAACGCACCCGGGAGGUGAAGACUGGAAUCAAAGUAGCAGCUUUGUCAGUAAACCCUCUCGAGGAUGGCUGCACUCGAGUGAGAAGAUCCUGGGACCUGGUGUGACGUACAUUGUGAAGUACUUGGGGUGCAUAGAAGUCUUACGCUCAAUGAGAUCUCUUGACUUCAGUACUAGAACACAGAUUGCAAGGGAAGCUAUCAGUCGUGUUUGUGAAGCCAUGCCUGGUGCCAAAGGAGCCUUCAAGAAACGAAAGCCACCAAGCAAAGUUCUUUCUAGCAUCUUGGGAAAGAGCAAUCUUCAGUUUGCAGGAAUGAGCAUAAUGCUGAAUAUCUCCACCACCAGCUUAAACCUAAUGACUCCUGAUACAAAACAGAUCAUAGCGAAUCACCAUAUGCAGUCUAUUUCCUUUGCAUCUGGAGGUGAUCCGGAUACAGCUGACUAUGUUGCAUAUGUAGCUAAGGAUCCUGUUAAUCGGAGAGCUUGUCAUGUACUCGAAUGCCGUGAUGGCCUGGCCCAGGAUGUCAUCAGCACCAUAGGGCAAGCGUUCGAGCUUCGAUUUAAGCAAUACUUGCGAUGCCCCUCUAAGAUACCUACUUUCCAUGAUAGGACGCAGAGUUUUGAUGAGCCAUGGAUGGAGGAAGAUAACGAGACAACAGAACAUCCUUAUUACAACAACAUCCCAAAUAAAAUGCCCCCCCCUGGCGGCUUCAUGGAUGCCAGGCUCAAAGCAAGACUUCCCACUGCUGCAGAUACAGCUCAGUCUGCAGCAGGAGUGGGAGGAGAGCAAACCUAUUACCAGAGUCGUCACUUAGGAGACAAAUUCAUUGAAGACUGGCAUCAUUGGCCUGUUAAGCAAGGAUCUCUGGAUAUUUGUAGUAUGCCGGAAGGGAACUCACAAGUAACCCCAACAACAGAGAUGCCAACAUAUGUAAACACCCAGCAUAUAAACAUAGAAGCUCUAUUGGCACUUCAGGCAGAUGCUGAAAGUACCUUCAGUGGAACAGCAGAUGAUACCAAAGAGAGCAGCCCAGGAAAGGAUCUGUUUGACAUGAAACCAUUUGAAGAUGCCCUCAAGAACCAAACGUCUGAGGCUGCACUGAGAAAAUCCACCUCCACGGGGUGCACCAGUCCUCUUUUAUCCAGAGCAGCUGACCGGACUGUAGCUGAACAGCUGAGUACAGAGCCGUGGUAUCAAGGAGAAAUGAGCAGGAAAGAAGCAGAACAGCUGUUAAAGAAAUGUGGAGACUUCCUCGUGAGGAAGAGUACCACGAAUCCCGGCUCCUAUGUGCUGACAGGCAUGCACAACGGCCAAGCCAAGCAUCUUCUUUUGGUGGACCCAGAAGGAACUGUUCGUACAAAAGAUCGUGUCUUUGACAGCAUAAGUCAUCUCAUCAAUCACCAUCUCGAGAAUAAUUUGCCAAUAGUUUCUUCUGGAAGUGAACUCUGCCUGCAGCAGCCUGCUGAGAGGAAACACUGA